CAUACAAAGAUGCCCAAAACACAACUGGAAAUAACCAUAAAGAUGGCCAAAACAUGCUGAACUUCCAUUUAUAAAUGCUUCACCAUUGGUUGUUCAACUACUAGAGGGGACAACAAGCUAGCUAUAGGCUCACAAUAAAAAAAAACAUGGCUAAAAUAGGUAAGUUAGUUCGUGAAGUUGAAAUCAAAAGUGAUAUUAACUUGGUCUAUGAAAUCUACAAGCACAAACCAAACAACUCUGCUGUCAUCGCCCCUGAUAAGGUUCAAGAUGGAAAAGUGGAAAGUGCAAAAGAAAUGGUUGAAGAAGUUGAUGAUGAAUUACACAAAAUUGUGUUCAAGGUGAUUGAAGGAGGCGUGUUGGAGGUGUAUAAUCCCAUAAUCCUUACGGUUAAUAUUGAAGAUAUGGGGCAUAAGAAACUUGCUUUGUGCUGUGGUGGGAGAUAUGGAUGCUUAUUUUCUCAAGCGGCCAUUAUGAAAAUCUACAUGAAGGAUCAAAUUUGUGCACUUUAUUAUGGUGAAAGGCAACCGCUAAAGGUUGAUAUCCGUCUUAACAUAGCUUUGGGGACAAGAAGUCUAUCUAGGAUAGAUUUGUAA